AUGGUAACGUUGCGCCAACUAUUAUUUUCUUGUAAACGUAAAAAAAAAGAAAAAAGAAGUAAGGUAGCCAGAUUAGAUAAAUGUCCACAAAAAAAAGGUACGGUGCAAAAAGUUUUUAUUCAAGCACCAAAAAAGCCGAAUUCAGCGAAGAGAAAAGUAGCUAGGGUAAAAUUAAGCUCAGGGAAGUUAAUUACUUGUCAUUUACCAGGGAUCGGACAUAAUUUACAGCAACAUUCAGUUGUUUUAGUUAGAGGAGGUAGGUGUCAAGAUUUAAUAGGGGUACGUUAUAAACCCAUAAGAGGGCUGUUUGAUUUUGCUCCUGUAAAAGGAAGAAAAACGAGGAAGUCCAAGUACGGGAUUAAAGGGAACCCGGAUAAACUGAAAUAA